AUGAUUGACCUGGAAGAGUAUCUGAAGCGCAACGAGGAUGUGACGGAUGCGAGUCAUUUUCCUCCAAUUCGGCCGUGAGUUAAACGUCGAUGAGCUUGAAUUUCUAAGCACUUAGACACUAACCCGUUCACGGCCGGUUUAAACGCGCAGAUUCUUCCUUCCCAACGCGUAUCUACCUCGAUACCGCUUUUAUUCACGGCGAUUCGGAGAUGAGGACGACCUCUCCGCAAUUCAACGAUCUCGAUAUAUCAAGGCGGCCACGAAAAAGAGGAAGCAGCAGAAUUUGCCGAUCCUGUGA